CAUGGAGAAUAAAGAAACCCUCAGGGGGUUGCAGAAGAUGGAUGACCGCCCAGAAGAGCGCAUGAUCAGGGAGAAACUCAAGGCAACGUGUAUGCCAGCCUGGAAGCAUGAAUGGCUGGAAAGAAGAAGCAGGAGAGGCCCUGUGGUGGUGAAACCUAUUCCUGGGAAAGGAGAUGGAUCGGAAAUGAACAAACUCUCUCUAGAACCUCAAGCUGAAGGGCAAAGCACUGCUGCUUCACCUACACAGAAAGGAAGACGUAGUCCUUCUCCUAGUAGCUCCUCUUCAUCAUCUUCUAGGACAGUUAAAUCUGAAUCACCAGGCGUUAGAAGAAAAAGGGUAUCUCCAGUGCCUUUUCAGAGUGGACGAGUAACACCACCUCGACGAGCCCCAUCUCCAGAUGGCUUCUCUCCAUACAGCCCUGAGGAAACAAAUCGUCGUGUCAACAAAGUUAUGCGAGCCAGGCUGUACCUGCUGCAGCAGAUAGGACCCAACUCUUUCUUAAUUGGAGGAGACAGCCCUGAUAAUAAAUACAGAGUGUUUAUUGGGCCUCAGACUUGUAGCUGUGGCCGUGGGACGUUUUGUAUUCAUCUGCUGUUUGUUAUGCUGCGGGUGUUCCAGCUUGAACCCUCAGACCCAAUGCUCUGGAGGAAGACACUGAAGAACUUUGAGGUUGAGAGUUUGUUCCAGAAAUAUCACAGUAGGCGUAGCUCGAGGAUCAAAGCUCCAUCUCGUAACACCAUCCAGAAGUUUGUCUCACGCAUGUCAAAUUCUCAUACAUUGUCAUCAUCUAGUACUUCUACAUCUAGUUCAGAAAACAGUAUGAAGGAUGAAGAAGAACAGAUGUGCCCCAUUUGUUUGCUAGGCAUGCUGGAUGAAGAGAGCCUAACUGUGUGUGAAGAUGGCUGCAGGAACAAAUUACACCACCACUGCAUGUCAAUAUGGGCAGAAGAAUGCAGAAGAAACAGAGAGCCACUUAUCUGUCCUCUUUGUAGAUCUAAAUGGAGAUCUCAUGAUUUCUAUAGUCAUGAAUUGCCAAGCCCUGUGGAUUCUUCUGUUCUCCGUGUGGUUCAGCAACAAACUCAGCAGCAAUCUAUAGCUGGAUCACAGAGAAGAACCCAAGAUAGCAAUUUUAACCUUACUCAUUAUGGGGUCCAGCAGAUCCCUUCUGCCUACAAAGAUUUAGCUGAGCCAUGGAUUCAGGUAUUUGGAAUGGAGUUGGUUGGCUGCUUGUUUUCUCGAAACUGGAAUAUAAGAGAGAUGGCACUUAGACGUCUUUCCCAUGAUGUUAGUGGUGCUCUAUUAUUGGCUAAUGGUGAAAGCACUGGAAAUUCUGGAAGUAGCAAUGGAAACAACACAAGUGCUGGAGCUCUGGGAGCAGCUAGUGGGUCAUCUCAGACCAGUAUCUCAGGAGAUGUGGUGGUGGAAUCCUGCUGCAGUGUGCUGUCCAUGGUCUGUGCUGACCCUGUCUACAAAGUGUAUGUUGCUGCUUUAAAAACUUUAAGAGCCAUGCUGGUAUAUACUCCCUGUCAUACUUUGGCAGAGAGGACUAAACUACAGCGACUUCUCAAGCCAGUUGUUGAGACAAUACUAGUUAAAUGUGCAGAUGCCAACAG